CCCUGGCGGGGCGCUGGGGCGGCCCCGGCCGCGCAGCCCCGCGGCGGCACGGCGCGCCCCGGCCGAGCAUGGAGCAGUAGCGGCUCGGCGCCUCGCCGCUCCGUUACCGCCGGCCAUGGGGACGGAGCGCAGGGGGGAGGCGGCGGCCGAGCCCCGCGGCGGCUGCGCCUGCGGCGGCGGCGGCGGCAGCUGGCGGCUUUUCCUCGGUUUCUUCGCGCUGUCGCUGGCGCUGCACGUCCUGACGCUGGGCUGUUACCUGGAGCUGCGCUCCGAGCUCCGCCGGGACCGCGGCCCGCAGCCCGCCGCUCCUCCGCGGCGGGACGGAACGGCGGCAGCACCGCCGGGUUCCCCGGCCGCCGGCCGGCCGCAGAGACCCGCCGAGGGAGCGGAGAGGCGCCAGCAGCUGGCCUUGCUGAACUUCUUUCACCCUGAAGAAAAGCUGCACGUUGGAGAAGAAGGUAGACGCGUCCGUCGAAAUAAAAGGAGUAAAGGCAGUGAAGGGCCAGACGGUCCAAGUUCAGUCAAAAACAAGAAAAAGGGUAAGAAGGCUGGUCCUCCAGGGCCCAACGGUCCCCAAGGGCCACCGGGUCCUCCCGGGCCCCAGGGUCCUCCUGGCAUUCCCGGCAUCCCGGGGAUUCCCGGCACAACCGUCAUGGGACCACCCGGCCCCCCUGGCCCGCCGGGUCCUCAGGGACCACCUGGACUGCAGGGCCCCUCAGGUGCCACAGACAAGGCCGGCUCCAGAGACAUCCAGCCAGCUGUGGUCCACCUUCAAGGCCAAGGCUCAGCAAUCCAAGUGAAGAAUGAUCUUUCAGGUGGAGUCCUCAAUGACUGGUCUCGCAUCACUAUGAACCCCAAGGUGUUUAAGCUGCAUGCCCGCAGUGGGGAGCUGGAGGUACUGGUGGACGGCACAUACUUCAUCUAUAGUCAGGUAGAAGUAUACUACAUAAACUUCACAGAUUUUGCCAGCUAUGAGGUGGUGGUGGAUGAAAAGCCCUUUCUGCAAUGCACUCGGAGUAUUGAGACCGGCAAGACCAACUUCAAUACCUGCUAUACAGCUGGGGUCUGCCUCCUCAAAGCCAGGCAGAAGAUCGCUGUGAAAAUGGUCCAUGCUGACAUCUCCAUCAACAUGAGCAAGCACACAACUUUCUUUGGGGCCAUACGCCUAGGAGAUGCACCAGCAUCCUAGAUGAACUUGGCAUGUCCAAGGAUACUCACAGAACUGCACAGUGCUGCUGUUCAUAAGCGUAUCAGUAUUUCAGGGGGUUCUGUAAUCCGGCCAUAAAGAAAACUGAUCCAGAGCUAUUUAUUCCUAUAUGUGAAUGCAGGAAGCACAAUUGUCUUCUGUGACUUGCAUGGAGACUUGGAUCAAAAAGCUAGUUGAAAAAGCGUUGUGAGGAAGAAAGGCUGUUGUGUCUGCCUUGUCUCAGUAUUUCAAGUAUUACUGCACUGAUACUCUGCUCUGUGAUCUUCACACGAGGCUUGUUGAGAGUGGUGUGGGUCUCUGCUUUUAUGUUGCACUAGCAAGAGCAUCCCAGGCGGUAGCGGGAGAAGACAGACUAAUGUCCAAAUUGUCCUAUCCAGGCACUCCUGCUUCUGCACGCUAACGAAAGCAAGAAAGGGGGUUUCUGGUUUUCUGCCUUCCCAGUUCGAACUGGAACGGCCACGGGGUGCGAAGGGAGGUGAAUAAGACAGGGUCAGUGGUGUUUACAUUCAUCCUCAGGAGUGCGAGCAAAGAAGGCGAAGUGCCUCUACCUAGAGCUUGGAAGCAGGCUGCAAAAGCAGUAAGUGCGAGAGGAAGAUUAAUACUUUAUAGAGCAGGCUUAGCAGAUAGGAAACUGCCUCCACAUUCCAGAAAUCACAAAGUCCCAAAGAAAAUGCUGAUUCCCGGUUCCAGCGCCUCUGCUACUUUCAGCUCCUGCCAUUACCCCAGAGGUAUACCUUGCCCUAAUGGGGGCUGCCUUAAAGUACUGCUGCUGUUACAGCAAUUGGUGUUUUGUUGGGGUUGGUUUUUUUUUUUUUUUUGGUCUUUUUAAUUAAUAUUUUGCAAACCAGAACACAUUUCUACAGGCUUCACCGAGCCGCGUAGAGCAGACACAAGUACUUGUGAAAACACUCUGAAGAAGUUUGUCAUGUUUAAGAAUAAAAUAUUCAAACAGGAAAUUUUUUUUUUCUGUUUUAAUAGCAACUGUCCUGCUUUUAGAUGUGGUUUUUAUCCUUCCUUCCCCCACCCCUUUCCUUUUGGCACCCUUCUACCUAAAAUGCUCUAAUAAGUGGUGAUGGAGUCUCUAGCAAAAAAAAAUUGUAUUUAAAAAGUCUGGUCCAGCAUGAAGUCACCACUUUUUCUUUUCCCUGAGCCCUGCUGAGUCUAGUCAUAACUCGAUUUCUGGUGACUAAUAGAAGAGCUGGGACACUAUUGUUUCUUUUGGCUUCUUGAGCAACUCUCUCCCGUUACCUCCCCUCAACUGGGGAGACCUAAAGCUAUAAGAUGUGCUCGAGCUGAGGAAGAGGCUGAAGCGCUGAUUGCUCUUUUGUGUCAUGCCUUGGCUUGUGCUUGGUUGUGUUGGGCUUUUUUUUUUAACUGGAUUUCUUUUCAGAGCAUGUUUUUUCUUUAAAAACUAAAGAGGGUAGUGAAGUUUCAGCCUACGUAGCAAAUGGGACAAGUCCCGAACCGACGUCUUGGUGAUGACCUCCAUCUCCAAGCAGAGGUGGCUCGGCCGUGGUCACCUGCAGGGACGUGGGAGCGGACGUGUCUCAGCACUGUGCUGGAGCGACUGAUCUGACCGCAGAAGGGUCCACCCUGGCUGAAGCAUUCUUGGCUCCGUCACUUUUCCCCAUCCAUAGCGGAUGAUCUCACUUGCCAAGUAUUGCAGUUAUUGGGAGAUAAAUAUUUCUUGGGGGCACCCAGCUUUGGCUACAGCCUCGCUAUUCACAGGAGGCGUGCAGUUUGUGGAAUAACUGCAUGAAAAAUUGCCUGCUAUUUCUUUUUCAAUAUGUUCUCCUCCUUUCUAGCCUUAACAUGUUGGACUAGCAAGAGCCUUAGGGGCACUUAACUAGUCUUUGUGGUUUAUUUCCUUUAGAAUGGAUUAAGAAGGACAUGUUCCUCUGACAAGAAUGAAUCAGGACAACUGUGUAUAGUGAGAACAUUAAGCAAAUCAUUAACAGAAUUGCUUUAGAAUACAGCCUGAACAGCAAGACUUAGGGGCAAGCACAAAUAAGGCAAUGCCUUGGGAGAGCGCGAUGGAUGGAGUUUGCAUUCCUUGUCCCCCACUGGCAGGAUCCGUGAUUUGCUCCUGACUAUGGCUGCGGGCAGGAGGAGGCAGACGGAGAAUCCCUCCUCCUCUCUGUAAAAGCCCCACGCGUCGCUGUCGAGUUCCCUCUCUGGCCUCUGCCCUGGGAUGCGGGAGGCGAGCAGAAGGGAGCGGUUCCUGCCUCCCUCGUCACAGGCCACGGAAGGUGUUCGCGGGCUUUUUCUGAUGCUCGCGUUACACCAAAGCGUGAGCUCGGUGUGGCUGAGUUGGAGACGUGGAGUUGGAGUUGGACGUGGAGUUGGAGAGCAAGGAGCACCUGAGUGCCGGUGGCCUUGGUACAGAGAGCCGUGUUCAUCCCCGGGAUGAGCGGGCGGAUCACCAGUCCUGUAGCAGCCAUGGAGAGUCUUUAUACUUGAAACCCUUUGGCUUCUCUAGCAACAAGUUCUCAUUAAUGAAGUAUUACAGUGCAGGUUACCUAGGCUGUAGUAUAGCCGCUUCUUGGUGAUGCUUCUCUAGAUGGUGUCCCACCAUCUUUGGUGCCUCUUCCCCUUAACUGGAGCUGAAAAGGCCUGGAAGCAGCUCAGAGGAGCGCGGGGAGGAUGCGUAUGGGAGGUUUUAACAAACUCCAGCAGGAACAGGGCCUUGCUCCAGUCUUUCCUUCCGAUGUCUUUGAAUUUUGACAUAUCUCGGUUCCUAGCGUGGUUGGGAAGGAAGUGCUUCACUUAUAGACAAACGUCUGUGUAUCCGAGACGGUGGAUGCAAAACCAGCCACCACUGGUUUCCCGUGAGCCAGCCUUUCUCUCCGGCGGUACUUGCUGGCUCUGCUCUUGCCCACGUGCCUUGGCUCUGCUGCCCAACUUUCGGCUGGACUCCAGCUGCAGAAGUGUACCAAGCAGCUAAUUGGUAUAUAAUACAUCGGCUGAAACCCUUCUCCCUCCCGAGCUCCUCUCUACAGAGACAACUUCUAGGGAAGCCAGCUCGGCUGUUGUGUUCAGGGCCCCUUUUGAAGGAAGACCUCAAGGUCAUGGCUCCCUACCCAAAACUACCUGGCCCUUGCUUCCCUCCAGCACCUUUCUCACCCAGGUAAGCGGUUGUGGUCUCCCUGCCACCCACUGUCCCCACCAGGGGACUUGGCAUCGUCCUUCCACUGAAGGAGCACUGCCAGGUGUUUAGAAAAGGGCACCCGAGCUGCGUUGGGAGGGAGAUGAGCAAAGCGCGUUGGCUCGUCCAUGUUUCUUCCCCUCUUCUUGGUAGGAGGUGGAGCGCCGGGAGUCCUUCCCGCUCACUCGCAGGCUGGUGGCACCUGCCCUGGCGCAGGCUUUUGGGGGAAAGGGGAAGGGAAAACUGCAGCCGCGCUUCGUGGCUGCACCCACUUACGAGCCUGACUCCCACCCACCCACCUCUACCCAUGUUCAUCACUCCCAGGCUGGGAGGAAGCCUCUCGGAUUCCCCAACAAACACAGAAUGGGAGAGGAGAUGUGGGAAGAGAGGCACGACUCUCCCCGUUACCUGUUAGAGCUGCACGGUGAUAUGCUGAUGCUGUUUCGUGCUUCGACAUCUUUAUUCAAGACACCAUCUGUAUAUAAAAUAUACAUAAUGUAUAUAAAUUAGGAUGUAAGUUUAUGUAAAUUGUCAAUAUUUUCUUUGCAAAUAAAGCUUUUUUCCUGA